UCUAGGACCUGGGGGUUUCCGCUCUUUAAGCAUAAAAUGGAGCAUGUGACUAACUGGCAAACUGAACUAUAAAGAACACGAGGAAAGAAAACGUCACAAACUGUCCGAGAAAUUCACAGCGUGGGCUUCCAUCACUCAGCAGCAGACAUGGAUUGCGGAAUUCUAACAUCUAAAACCGUUCUUUUAUUUCUCAGUUUAAUAUUUUGGGCUGCUGGAGCGGCCCUCGCUUAUGUUGGCUCUUAUGUGAUAAGGAGUUACAACAGCUUUGAAAACUUUGUGUCUAAUAAGUACUCCGUCAUCCCAGCAGCCAUUAUAAUCGGUGUGGCUGUGGUUAUGUUUGUCAUCGGGACCGUUGGCUGCUGUGCAACUCUGAGAGAAUCCAAAGUCGGUUUAGGCUUUUUUCUUAUCGUCAUCCUGAUAAUCUUCGCAGCUGAGGUGACCGCUUUUGUGUUUGGCUUCAUCUACAGGGGAAGAAUUAAGGGUGACCUGGAAAAGUCAAUGAACGGCGUCUUUCAAAAGUAUGACGGUGCGAACGCUGAAGCCCAUGCAGUGGAUUAUUUGCAACGUCAGAUGGAGUGCUGUGGGGUGAAUAACAUCACAGACUGGACUGCAAUACCAUGGUUUGGCCAACAUAACAACUCUGUGCCACUUUCCUGCUGCAAAGCAAAUGCUACACAAUGUACUGGCCAAAUAACCCAACUAGAUCUUCUGAACACACAGGGAUGUGAAGCUAAACUGGAGCAGGUGCUUCAGGAUGUGCUUAGUUAUGCAAUGUUGGUCAUCCUGGGAUUUGCCAUCAUUAAGUUCUUUGGGAUGCUCAGCAUCUGUGUUAUUACCUGCAGAAGCAAGAAGAAUGACUAUCAGCCUCUGUAUGCAUGAUAGUAAAAUCUCCUGAAUCCCUCGCUUGGGACAGUCUCUACAUUCCCGAUACUGUGCAGCUAAACACAGCCUCACUGGCACCAUAAAUGACACUGGUUUGAAAGUGUGCCAGUAUUCCAAACAUUUAGUUAAAAAAAAUAAUUUGAAUGCCUUUUGAUUUGAAUGCACAAGUGCAACUUGAGCAAGAAAUGCUGACAGAAACCACACCAAGGUGUGUGGUCAGAAAAACACUGAUAACAAAACACCAUGUGACAUUCUUAAGUUUUGUAUUGACAAAUGAUGUCUUCCUGCCAAACAGGUUAUUGCUAGCCCUUGACAAAUACUGUAUAUCUAUGUAACUCCAUAAAAGUUUUAUGAAAUGUUAUAGCAGCACUCCACCAAAUGUUUAAAAUGUAGAUCAAACUUUAGAGUUGAUAGAUGCACUUCAUUUUUAAAGAUUUUAUGUUUCUAUGGGCUUCAGUUUCUGCUGCUGCUGUCUAAAUGAUAUCUGUCUUACAGUUGUCUAUGUUUACAUUAAGUUUUUUUUUUUGGUCUCCUGUCCAAAUGAUAUUCGUCUUAAUAGUUGUCUGUUUAUUAUAUUCAUUCAAAUGAUUUAGCUCAACAGGAGGAUAUUAAAUUAUGGAAAUAAA